AUGAAUACCAAUUUUCCUCAUAAUCGGAAACGAACGCUAUAUGUGGGUGGAUUUUCGGAAGAUGUUACUGAGAAGGUUCUCAUGGCCGCUUUCAUUCCAUUCGGUGAUGUUGUUGCUAUUUCCAUUCCGAUGGAUUACGAAUCCGGUAAACAUCGUGGAUUUGGUUUCGUUGAAUUCGAUAUGGCAGAAGAUGCGGCAAUGGCGAUUGAUAAUAUGAACGAGAGCGAACUUUUCGGAAAAACUAUUCGUGUCAAUUUUGCUCGUCCUCCGAAAGCAACUGAACGAUCGCAGAAGCCAGUUUGGGCUGAUGAUGAGUGGCUGAAGAAGUAUGGAAGAGGUGGAGAGGCUGCCCCAGGAGAUGAUGCAGAUGGCGAGGGUACAAUAACCGAAUCCACGUCAACGGCAGCAAAACUUCCAAGAGUUUAUCUUGGAGUGAAAAUCGGAAUUCGUUAUAUUGGGAGAAUUGUAAUCGAGUUGAGAACGGAUGUCACACCGAAAACAGCAGAAAACUUCCGGUGUUUGUGUACCGGAGAACGAGGAUACGGAUAUGAGGGUUCUACAUUCCAUCGCAUUAUUCCAAAAUUCAUGUUGCAAGGUGGUGAUUUCACGAAAGGAGAUGGUACUGGGGGUAAAUCUAUCUAUGGAACAAAGUUUGAGGAUGAGAACUUCACUCUCCGACAUACAAUGCCGGGCACAGUUUCAAUGGCAAACUGUGGUGCUAACACAAACGGCUCUCAGUUCUUCAUUUGCACAGAGAAAACGGAUUGGUUAGAUGGAAAACACGUGGUUUUUGGACAUGUCGUCGAAGGAAUGAAUAUUGUGCGGCAGGUUGAGCAACAAGGAACCCCAUCUGGCAAGCCACAAAUGGUUGUGAAAAUUGUGGAAAGUGGAGAAAUAGAACCGGAAAAACGGAUUGCUGCUGAGAAGGCCGCUUCUAAAGCUGAAAAGGCAGCUGGUGCUGAAAAUAAGGAGCCAGAACCACAAGCUAUGGAAACAUAA